UGGUACGAUGACGUCGCUUAGACUCCCGGACAAUGUUCUGUAUUUGUAAACAUUGCCAGGGAUGAGACAGGGGAUGGCGCCGUGCCAGGCACUCUAUGGUUAAUAUCAGCACCUACGCCAACAUGACACCAUGAGUUGAGUCUUAGUAGUAAAAGUGGUGGUGGCGGUGAAGUGUGUGUGACGUACCCACUGUGACUUGCUCUGGACAGACAAUGCUGUAAAUGAGAAGACUUGUAAAUGGUCCUUUCCUGAAUAAUUUGUAUACUAUAAUGGCUUCUGGAGGCAGCAGCUUGACUCAGUGGCGUCUAUGGACACAACUUCGUGACUAUAUUGCCCGCACAACUACACUGACAGCUCUUCAGAGAGACCUCCCACAAGUCAUUAAGAAAUUUAAAGGAGGAAUAUUGAUUGAAACGGAAGCCAAUCUUAAAUCGGGAGUGAAUAAGUUCGAAGGUGAAAAUGGAAACGAGAAAGAAAUCGUUGUUAAACCUGUAGAUAUUAAUAUUGAAAACUCGUCAGAACUUCAGAAGGUAUUGAAAACGGUUAAUUCUUACAUUCCAUUGUAUUUUUCUCAAGUAAGAUUGAAUUUUUCAAAAAAUGAAGAACCUAAGAGUCCACAAAAAUGUUUACCAAAGUGGCAGGUAAAAAAGGACACAAUCUCAAAGGCAAGCAUUGAUGCUCGAACUCGGUUUUUAGUGAAAGGUCUAGGUGACCACUUGACAGAGGGAGGACGUCUAAGGAGACUUGAAGACCUUUGCAAUCACCUGAGGCAACAUCCACAAGCUAAAGGGGUUGCUGUUAAGAGAGGCGGCAUUCAACGAUUACUGAGAAUUUUAGAGAGGACAACUGACAGUUUCAUAGAAUGUGAGGCUCGUGAAGCUCUUGCCUUGUUAGGUUACACAUCACCUGUUAAAGGUCAUGGCAUUAGACUCCUGACUAUUGAUGGUGGGGGUGUGAGAGGUUUGGUUGCUUUGGAAGUGUUGAGAAAAAUUGAGGCAGAGGCUGGCCAUCCUAUUCAUGAACUCUUUGAUUACAUUUGUGGUGUGUCUACAGGCGCUAUUCUUGCAGUCAUGAUGGGUGUACAACGACUUAAUUUGGAUAAGUGUGAAACAUUGUACAGGGAGCUGAGCACGCAAAUCUUUACACAGACAACCUUCAAAGGGGCUACUAGUCUCUUUAUGCGUAAUUCAUACUAUGACUCUAACUCUUGGACAGACAUUCUCAAAGAAAACAUGGGAACCAGAGCUCUCAUUGAAACAGCACGAGAUACAGAUUCCCCAAAGAUCUGCCUUGUUGCUACAUCCGCCAACACGAACAGGAUCCAAGCAUACCUCUUCCGCAAUUACAAUCUUCCUUACAGAGUCACUAGCCAUUAUCAGGGAACAUCUUCUCCCUUGCUAUGGGAAGCAGUGAGAGCUUCUGCAGCAGCCCCUGGAUAUUUCUCAGAGUUCAGAAUAGGAGAUCUAAUUUUGUUGGAUGGAGGGUUAUUUGUUAAUAACCCAACUGCAAUUGCUGUACAUGAAGCCAAACAGCUGUGGCCAGAUGUGGACCUUCAGUGUGUGGUAUCCAUAGGUACAGGGAGGCACGAGCCUAUUGCAACUACAAGUGAGGCAUCCAUCAGCUGGGCUACACGCAUCAGAACUGUUCUAAAUAGUGCAACUGAUACUGAGGGUGUGCAUACUACAAUGCAUGAUUUGUUGCCCGGCGAUGUGUAUUACCGGUUCAAUCCAUACCUCAGCGAUGAAAUUGGCCUAGAUGAAAUCGGGGAAGAGCGCUUAGGAUUGAUGAUGGAGGAUACUAGACUCUAUCUUAGAAAGAAUGAGAUGAAGAUCCAGGAAGCUGCCCGGUCUCUUAACACAACUAAAAGUCCGGUAGAUCGUAUUAAAGACUGGUACAAGUAUCAACUUCAGCUAUGGCCAUCACCAUAAGUUAUAUGUACAAGAAUCUGUUCAAAAGUGAUAAGAUUCAUCACAUUGCUGUUGCUGCAUCCUUAACAUUGUAACACCUAUAUAUAUAUAUAUAUAUAUAUAUAUAUAUAUAUAUAUAUAUAU